UUUAGUUUCUAUUAAUAUCAGCACACAUUUACAUUUGUAGAGUUAUUAUUGUUUUUUAAAUUGAAAAUGUUACCCGUUUAUCUGCAGUACGAAAUGGAUCGUCAAAAUUUAGUCACGUUUCUUAGUCCCUACAAAUCUCGCCCAUGGAUGAUCAAUAGUGGUGCUGCAGCGCCAAGCGGGGGGCAGAAAGGUCUGAAAGGAAUCAUUGCCGGAGGUAUUACUGGCGGCAUUGAGAUCUGCAUAACAUAUCCCACCGAAUACGUGAAGACACAGCUGCAGCUGGACGAGAAGGGUGCAAACAAGAAGUACAAUGGAAUUGCCGAUUGUGUAAAGAAGACUGUGGCCACAAAUGGCUUCUUUGGACUGUACCGUGGUCUGAGUGUGCUCCUCUACGGCAGCAUCCCCAAGUCAGCAGCCAGAUUUGGGGCCUUUGAAUUUAUGAAAACACAUGUCAGCGACUCCAAGGGACAACUGACCGCUGGUGGAAAGCUUUUCUGUGGCCUGGGAGCUGGUGUCUGUGAGGCUGUUCUGGCGGUGACGCCCAUGGAAACAAUCAAGGUGAAGUUCAUCAACGAUCUGCGCAGUCCGAAUCCCAAAUUCAAGGGCUUCGCUCAUGGCGUUGGUCAAAUUAUUAAGGCGGAGGGCAUCAGUGGCAUCUACAAGGGUCUGACUCCGACCAUCUUGAAACAAGGCUCGAAUCAAGCCAUUCGCUUCUUUGUCGUCGAAUCACUAAGGGAUCUGUACAAGGGCGAUGACAUCAACAAGCCAGUGCCCAAGUUGGUUGUGGGUGUCUUUGGUGCAAUUGCUGGAGCGGCUUCCGUGUUUGGCAACACGCCCUUGGAUGUGGUGAAGACUCGUAUGCAGGGCCUGGACGCUGCGAAGUACAAGAACACUGCAGAUUGUGCAAUGCAAAUUCUGAAGAACGAGGGACUUCCCGCCUUCUACAAGGGCACAGUGCCCCGAUUAGGUCGCGUGUGCCUGGAUGUGGCGAUAACGUUCAUGAUUUAUGACUCCUUUAUGGAUCUCUUUAACAAGGUCUGGAAGGAUUAAAUCACAUCACAUCAGAUCGGAUCAGAUCAGAUCAGACUGGCUCUUAGUUUCUAGGUAUAGGUAUCGCUGUGCAUGUUACGUUCACCUAAAUUUGACCUAGUCAACUGUUGCUAUAGUUGAUAACUGACACUCUUAUACAGACACACAUAACAGGUACGAGUACACUGGCAAACAUAUUCCAUGAUAGCAUUUUUUUUAUCUUACGUUUAUUGCGUAUCACAAAUUGUAUGUUGAGCAUUUUAGGAUCGAUUUGUAUAUAGUCAAUGUCAUAUGUUGUUUAAAAUCUGAGAAAAGUGUAAUCGAAAUCAAUAAAUAAUAGUAACGUGUUUAUAAAUUA